AGAAUAUCCAGGUAGUGUCUACAGUUCCACCUCUGGUCUGGUUACCAUGUAUCAUGGGCGAAGCACUGGUAAAGGACCCUCCACUCCCACGCAGAUUUACCAGCAACCUCCAAGGCUUCUCAUUGUGCAAACUGCUCUACCAUCCUGGGCUGACAUCUGCUCCAACCUCUGUGAGGCUCUGCAGAACUUUUUCUCUCUGGCCUGCAGCUUGAUGGGCCCUAGCCGCAUGUCCCUCUUCAGCUUAUAUGUGGUACAAAAUCAGCACGAGUGCAUCCUUCCCUUUGUGCAAGUGAAAGGGAACUUUGCUAGGCUGCAGGCCUGCAUCUCAGAACUCCGCAUGUUCCAGAGAGAAGGCUGUUUCAGACCACCCGGCCUUUGUCUGCACCUGGCAGUACAGGAUGGGCUCCAGCAGUUCAAACAGUACAGCAGACACGUGACCACAGGCGCUUCUCUGAGCUACACUUCCCUGGAGAUUACUGUUCUGACUUCCCAGCCUGGAAAAGAGGCGGUCAAACAAUUGGAGGAAGGAUUGAAAGAUACGGACCUAGUCAGGGUCAGGAGACUUCAGGUGGUUGAGAUCACAAAGGGAGUCCUAGAGUAUAUGGACUCAGUGUCCCCAGCUGAAGAGCCUAGCAGUGAUGAGAGUUCUAUCCUGGGAACUGACAUUGACCUUCAGACUAUAGACAAUGAUGUUGUUAGCAUGGAGAUCUUCUUCAAAGCCUGGCUACAUAACAAUGGAACAGACCAAGAGCAUAUCCAUCUUCUUCUUCCUUCACGAUGUUUCAGCAACAUUUCCAGAGAUGAUUCAAUGUGCCUGAAAUGUGAUCUCCAAGAGCGACUCCUCAGCCCAUCCCUUCUCCCUGGCACAGCUGAUGGCUCCUUGAGAAUGGAUGACCCCAAAGGAGACUUCAGCACACUCUACCAGAUGGCCUCCCAGUCGUCAGCCUCUCGUUACAAGCUCCGGGUGAUAAAGGCUCUAAAUUCCAAUGGGCUCUGCGAGUCAUUGACAUAUGGACUGCCCUUCAUCCUCAGACCCACAAGCUGUUGGCAGCUGGACUGGGAUGAGCUGGAGACAAAUCAGCAGAACUUCCAUGCCUUGUGUCACAGCCUGCUGAAAAGAGAAUGGCUGCUGUUGGCCAAAGGGGAGCCCCUGAGCAGAGGACACAGCCUGAGACAGCCUGCCAACACCUUCUAUGUGAUUGUGCCAUCACGCUCCCCCACUCUGCUGGUGAAGGCAGUGGCCACUCGGGAACUGAUGCUGCCCAGCCCCUUCCCCCUGCUGCCUGAGAACCCACCUGAUGACAGCCUUAAGAUUGUGGAGAGCGUGCUGGACAGCCUGGAACUAGAGCCCAUCUACAACCCCUUGCAGGCUUGGAGCCACCUGUACUCACAUCUGAGCAGCACCUUUAUCAAGCCUCAGGGCCGGCUCCACCCAAGCUGGGAGAGCCGGGCCCUGAGAAAGCGUCCCUGCAAGGCUGGGCAGUUACAGACAAACCGAGUUCGAGCCACAGUGGCCCCCCUGCCUAUGACUCCAACCCCUGGCAGAGCCCCCCAGAUGCCAGCAGCCAGCAAGUCUUCCUCAGAAGCCCUCUUCUGGCCUUCCAAGGAGGAAGUGGGGGAGGAGAAAGAGGAAGAGUAUCCCUGGGGGCCCUGA